GCCCAUCUUUGCAAGACCCAAACCUUUUUAAUGUGUAUCUUCUCGAACAUACUAUUCCUACUUCUGAAGAACCUUCCAGACACUCUGAUUUCUUUCUCCUUACUUAAAACUACUAAUCUACAGAGGUGAGAUUUGUUUACAGACGUGCAAGAAGAUCUAAUCGGAAUCCAUGGCGGCCUUCUUCGGCGGCGAUCCUUUCCGGCGCUUCUUCUGGAGCCCCACCGGCUACCACCGCGCUCCUCCUGGCUCCGCUGCUCUCCUCGAUUGGAUCGAAUCCCCCGCCGCGCACAUCUUCAAAAUCAAUGUUCCUGGGUACAGCAGGGAAGAGAUCAAGGUACAGGUGGAAGACGGGAACGUGUUGGUGGUGAAGGCGGAAGGCUGGAGAAAUGAAUCUCCGGAAAAGGAGAAGGGGGUGGUUUGGCACGUGGCGGAACGCGGUGGAGGAAAGGGAGGUUUUUCACGGGAAAUAGAGCUGCCGGAGGGGGUGAAUGCGGAGCAAAUCAAGGCCCAGGUGGAGAACGGCGUGCUCACGGUGGUAGUGCCCAAGGAGACGACGGCGAGGCAGCCUAAAGUUAGGAACAUCAAUAUCACUAGCAAGCUCUAAUGCUUCUGCGCCUUCAUCUUAGUUUUGUUGUACUUGAUGAGGAUUUUGAUAGUAUAAUCCGGAGUAGAUUAUGGGUGGGUUUGGGCAUUUGGCAUCAGCGUCAGAUGGCAGCGUUAGCGUUUUGAAAAUGUUACCUGACAGUAACUUUUAACGUUAAUGUUUUUGGAAUGAAUCUACACCAUUAAA